AUGGCUUCAGAAUAUUCAAACUUAUUAGCUUCAAAUGGGAAAUGGAAACAACAAAUAACUGAUUUUCUAACUGAAGAUGUUCCAUCUUUUGAUUUUGGUGGAUUUGUUGUUGGUGAUAAACAAGAAUCAGCCUCAUUAUAUAUUAAACAAUCAGGUUUAAUUUGUGGUGUACCAUUCGCUCAAGAAGUAUUUAAUCAAUGUAAUUUACAAGUUGAUUGGAAAUUAAAAGAGGGCCAAGUUAUCUCAGAAGAAGAAUUAGAUAAAGCAGGUGGUAAACUUGUCGUAGCUUUAGUGUAUGGAACAGCUAAAAAUAUCUUAUUGGCUGAAAGAACAGCAUUAAAUUUAUUAGCUAGAUCAUCAGGAAUAGCAACCCAAUCAUAUAUCACUAAAAAAUUAGCUAAUGAUUCAGGAUACACUGGUUUAAUAGCAGGGACAAGAAAAACAACCCCUGGAUUGAGACAAUUGGAAAAAUAUUCCAUGCUUGUUGGAGGUGUAGAUACACAUAGAUACGACUUGAGUUCAAUGGUAAUGUUAAAAGAUAAUCAUAUUACAUCAACUGGUAGUAUAACAAAAGCAGUUGCAAAGGCAAGAUCAGUAUGUGGAUUUGCAAUGAAAAUUGAAGUUGAAGUAGAUAAUGAAAAUGAUGCAAUUGAAGCAAUUGAAGCUGGAGCUGAUGUUAUAAUGUUGGAUAAUUUUACUGGUGAUGAAUUGAUUAAAGUUGCAAAAUCAUUAAAAAACCAUUUUAAGAAUUCUAAUAAAUCAUUUUUAUUAGAAUGUUCAGGUGGAUUAACUUUACAAAAUUUAAGUUCUUAUUUAUCUAACGAUAUUGAUAUUUAUUCUACUUCUUCUAUACAUCAAGGAACUGGGAUUAUUGAUUUUUCAUUGAAAAUUAACAAGCAAGGAAGCAACUAA